AUGAGGGACAUAUUUAUAUCAAACUGCGAGAAAUCAUUUUCAAACAAAAUACUGUCGGAAGGAUAUCGUUUAGAUGGCAGAAAUUAUAACGAAAGCAGGCAACUGAGCAUAUCAUUUGGAUCUGAAUAUGGCAGUUGUAUUGUGUCUUUGGGAGAGACUAAAGUUCUCGCCCAGGUAUCAUGCGAAGUCACCCAACCAAAACAAAUAAGGCCUAAUGAAGGCAUUUUGUAUAUAAAUGUUGAGAUUAGUCCAAUGGCUGGGCCCCAGUUUGAGGCAAACCGACAGACCGACUUGUCUGUAUACUUAAAUCGAUUACUGGAGAAGUGUUAUAAGGAUUCAAAAUGUAUUGAUCUUGAAUCUCUUUGUAUUGUUGUAGAAGAAAAGGUAUGGUCACUCCGAGUGGAUAUCAAAGUUCUAAACCAUGAUGGAAAUCUUAUUGAAUGUGCUAGCAUUGCAACACUCACAUCCCUGGCACACUUCAAGAGACCAGAUGUAACUCGCAGCGGUGACAGUGUAAUCAUACACACUUUAGCUGAAAAAGACCCUAUUCCAACUGUUCUGUUUCAUUAUCCUGUGUGUGCCACAUUUGCUAUAUUUGAUGGCGAUAUCCUCCUGUCAGACCCUAGUUUUUUCGAAGAAUCAGUAUGCACGAGUAGCACAGAGGAAGGAAUCAAUUCAGGCGGUGGCGUUUUAGUCAUUGGACUAAAUCAGUACAAAGAACUUUGUCUGUUAGACCAUAGUGGGGCAGCCAUAAACAGUUCCAAACUUGUUCAUAAAGCUAUCACUAGUGCUGCCGAUAAAUGUAAAGAGAUAGUAGACAUGAUAAAAAAAUCUAUUGUCAGUGAUGACACCCUCAGACAAAAAAGAGUAAAGAUCAACUUUGCAGACAUGAUCACUCAACAUCAUUUGCUUGCAUUAACUAGAAAGGACCUCAACAUUAAAUUAAAGAGUUAUAAUGUUGAUGAUAACAGAAGUGAAAUAGAUGGUAUGGACACUGAUCAUGAUUUAUCAGAUCCAGAACCCAGCAAAUAUGAUGUUGUUGCCUCAGCACCACAUACAGCAGAGAUUCAAACUAAAAAGGAAUCUUCCAAAUGGAUAGAAAUUUCGUCAGAUUCAGAGGAAGAUGAAAAAGAAUAA